AUGGAGUCUUCGUCGGCGCGUUCGGAUUCCGGCGAUAUGGUUCCUGAUCCAAACCUUUUCGAAAAUAAAUACGAGCGUCAAUUUUACAUCCGACGCGCCGCCCAAAACGCUGGAAAGAUCAUUCAUCUGCACUCUGACAUCUUUGAAGAACUUGGUGAAAUCAAUGAGCUUGCGCGCAACGUUGGUCUGAAGCUGCGCGACUUCAUCAGCAAAAGGGACGAUCACGGCGUUCUUCAUGAAGCAUGUCUGGGGGACGUGGAGCGGACCGACCUUCCAACUCUCGUCGCUUUUCGAAGCCAAUUUCCACCUACCGGUUUUGUCACUCUUCCGGCCGAUGUUAAGCACCACUUCGAGAACAGCAAACCUCGUGGCUAUUCCGAUUUCGACAGUUAUCUGGCAAACCGAAUCCGAAACCUGGCCAUAGACUACUACGAGGACACCACCAAUUUCAUUGACUACAAAGAGACCCCCAUUCGGUACUGGGGACAGGAGGUCCGUUUCGAGAAACAGACGAAUGUUGAUAGCCUCGAACGGUUCAUGCUGAAGCCCGACGAUCUGAUCGGUGGCCUCAGCAACAACCAGCAAAUUCCGCCUGAGCAUAUCAUCGAUGUAUCGAACAAGAAGACUUGCGAGCUUUUCCGCGCGCUCGCCAGCGGCACUAUCAAUACCUCCUGGUACAAAGAGAUAUCUUCGACGCACUCCGGCAUCCCGAUCGUCUCCGAGUCAGACCUCAUCGAUAUCCGCUGCCCCCUUUGCCCGCAUGACAAUCCAGUGUCGACUUUGGAGCAACUUCAACGACAUUGCUUCGUCAAAGCUCAUGACUUUCAAGACAUCAUCUGGCGCCUCGGACGACAAGGUCAAGUUUUGGUCGCCCGGAAUUCAUCCUCUUCGCAUAGUCUGCUGCCAACUUGCCCCGAGUGCGAACAGCUUGCGGAAACGUGGGAUGCGGUUUACUGGCACCACUCCAAGUUUCACUCCGGCGAUAUUUAUGAGUACUUGGAUGAAAUGGAUCACUUUGCGUACCUCGUGUGGGAGCUUUCGCGGGAGGAGGUAACGCUCUGCCCUGACUGCGGCGAAGAAUUUCUCACGCAGCUCGUCGCCAGUGAUCACGCAGAGAAACAUCACUCAGGAAAUAGCAAGUAG